GCACGAAGAUACAGUACCGUGGGCGCAGCCGAGGGGGUUUACCUGCACCGCGAUACAAAACAGCCGAUAGUUUACAGAAAACAAUUGCGUCAUUGUACUAUAGAUAAUUAUUAUAAUUGACAUGAGCCUGGGUUGUUAUUGUUUUGGAUCAUGAUAAUAUCUCAUAAGGCGGUAGAACGGAAGAACAACAAGCGUGGUUAACUGGUAAAUCAAUUCACCAAAAGGAAAAUGAGUAGCUCGGAGGAGAUAUCAUGGAUUUCAUGGUUCUGCGGACUGCGAGGGAAUGAAUUCUUUUGCGAGGUGAACGAAGAUUUUAUUAAUGAUAAAUUUAAUCUGACGGGACUGAAUGAACAAGUACCGCACUAUAGACAAGCCCUGGAUAUGAUCUUAGACCUUGAGCCUGAUGAUGAUUUGGACGAAAAUCCCAACCAGUAUGACCUUCUAAAGCAGGCUUCUGAAAUGCUUUAUGGGCUGAUACACGCCCGCUACAUUUUGACUAACAGAGGUAUGGGUAAGAUGUUAGAAAAAUUUCAAGCUGAAGACUUCGGACAUUGCCCUAGAGUUUACUGUGAGACUCACCCUAUGCUGCCGCUUGGUCUGUCGGACGUGCCUGGCGAAGCCAUGGUGAAGUUGUACUGCCCGAAGUGUAUGGACGUGUACACGCCCAAGUCGUCGCGUCACCACCUCACGGACGGCGCGUACUUCGGCACCGGCUUCCCGCACAUGGUGUUCAUGGUGCACCCCGAGUACCGGCCUAAGAGGACUGCCGUUCAGUUUGUGCCGAAACUAUACGGCUUCAAAAUCCACCGGCGCGCCUACCAGAUCCAGCAGCAAGCCGCGGCCAAUUUCAAGGCUUGAUGUCUGUUAUUGAUUUUUGAUACAAAUAAAUUAUAGUUGGUUAAAUUGUAAAAUAACUAUGACCUUCUGUGCAAACACGGUCCAACCAAUCUUCCGAGCACACAAUUAAUACCUGGAAUACAAUUAGAUUUUAAAAUAAAAUAGUCGGUCAAGCGGUGCUAAGUU